AUGGGUUAUGAGUCUCAAAUAUCCUUUACACUAGAUACCAUCUGUCCAUGGACCUAUCUCGCUAGGAGACGACUUGCAAAGGCGCUCACGCAAGUCCGAUCUACCGAGCCAGGAGUGACAUUCACAAUCAAGUACCUUCCGUACCAGCUAUACCCGAAUGCACCACAAGAGGGCGAAGACAAGUAUGCCUGGUACCGCGACGCCAGAUUCAAUGGAGACGAAGAGCACAUGCGCAAGUAUGUGGUGCUCAUGACAGCACAUGGAAAAGCCGAAGGGAUCGCAUACAAGUUUGGUGGAAGAGUAGGCAACACUCUUCAGGCGCAUAGAGUCAUUCAGCUCGUGCAAGAGACCAAAGGACCUGACGCAGCAGAGAAGAUUGUCGAUAGUCUAUACCGACAGUACUUCGAGGAGGAGCAACAUCCGAGCUCCAAGGAGACGCUGCUGAAAGCCUGCGAAGAAGCGGGACUUGGCGAGACAGAGGCGAAGAAAGUCGUCGAGGAUGAGGAUGAAGGACUCAUGGAUGUCAAGAUGUUGAUUCGAGAGCAGGCAGGCAACGGAGUGGAUGCGGUGCCAUAUGUUGUCUUCGAAGGUAAGAGACGCGAUUUUACGCUUGAGGGCUGCAAAGAAGUCGACGAGUACGUCAAGGUGUUGCAGCAGGUGGCCAAAGAGAGCGGCUAG